AUGACUGUUGGUGAUGAUCGAAGUCAAACUAAAGAAAUAAUAACAUUACAAUCACUUAUUGUUCAAGAACAAAUUAAACAGCAAGAACAAGCAAUGAAACGAAAAUUAAUAGAAGAAAAAGAAGCACUGAAACGAAAAUUAAUAGAAGAAAAAGAAGCAACGAAACGAAAAUUAAUAGAAGAAAAAGAAGUAAUGAAACGAAAAUUAAUAGAAGAAAAAGAAGCAACGAAACGAAAACGAAUACAAGAACAAGAAAAGACCAAGAGAAAAAAAUUAGAAAUUAUAAAAAUCCAUGAAGAUGAAUUAAGAAAACCAAUGGAAAGAUCAUUUGAAAAUGAGUCAUCAUCAUCCGACGAUAGUUUCGUAGAAUGCUCAUUCGAUACUGAUAUCGACAAUGAUUCUAUUAAAAAAAACAUUUGCCCGUUCGACAUCAAUUUCAUGUUACAGGAAAACAAUCAUUUUAAUGAAUCUAUAGAAAAUUGUAUUAAAGAUUACAUGGGAAAUGCUUUAUCGUGUGUAAAAAAAAAUUGA